GCUGGGGGAGGAGGCUGAAAGUUGCAUUUUCAUGAAAAGAUCACACUCCAGUACUUGUAUUGGGUGAAUUUAAAUAGUGUUUCUUUUUUUUUCUUAUUUACAGUGCAGAAAUUUAAAAAAUAAAGAGAAAGUUAUCACUGUACACUUUGUAUUCUGUUUUAAUUUAUACAUUUCAAAAUGUAGAAAUCAUCCAAAAUAUUUUGUAAUGUGAGGCCUGAUGUCUCCCAGUCAUAGCAUUUGAUGUGGAAAUGCGAAUAUCAAAGGCAGGGGAAAUUGCAUUUGUAGUGUGUUAACCAGUUAAUAUCCUUAUUCAAAACCAAAUUCAGCUGUUUCCCUUUGUAAUCAGUUUUUGAAAUUCCUUUGCAGAAUGAUGGUGACUUUUAAAUUCAUUGUUGAAAGUCCAGGGAGGUUAAAAUGUUCCCCUACAGGUUUAUGUGUGUUAACAUUCCUGACGUCUGAUUUGUGUCCAUUUAUCCUUUGUCACAGAAACUGUCCUGUUUGGCUAAUUUACACGGCAGAGGGGCAACCUCAUUCACCAGGUCAACCUGGGAACAGAGGCCAAGUGUCUUUAUUCACAAGCUAGUACUGAACCCAAAGUACAGUCUUAUUUGACUGAGUCCAAAGGCUAGCUGGCUUGGAUUGGCAGUUUUGUCCUAAUGUAAACAUUGAAAGCUGUCCCCCCUUCUUGUACUUUGGUGUUAUCCAGAAGACACUGUUGUAAACAAUUUUGUUUAACUUAGUGCCUGGGAAAAUGUGCUUCCUGCACAACAAAAUUUUGAUCUCUGGUUCUCUACAUAUGCAUCCAGAUGACAACAGCAGCAGGGUACCUAUGUACACAUGCUGGCUUUAACCAGCUCUCCCUUUCCAAAAUAAGAGAAAUCUGAGCCAUCAGAAUCCUUUUAAAUAGAAUACUUUUCAUUCUUGCCCCAGCUGAGAGGACAAAUGUAGAUUUGAGAUUCUUGAUGCUAGAUGAAUGCCCCAAAGAUCUUGUCUGAGUGCUCAUUCUGACCUCUUUGUCAUUGCAGAUAAAUGAUCCUGAUGCAGGACUGUGGACAAUCACCUGCUCUUCUGCAUUGUGUAAAUGAUCUGGAUGGGAUGUGGCUGCUUCUCUGUGCUCUGCCUUCUCAUUCUACAGGCUGGAUUUGCUAUAUCUCUCUAACAGAUGGUCUACGUUGUACCUGCUGUCCUUACGCUGCUUGUUGGCCUUACCCCGUCAAUUACAGCUCCGGUCUGUUCUUCCCCAGAUAACGUCAUCUGGAGGAGCCUGUCGGAUCUGCAUUCAGCUGCUUGUUUACUUGGGACCAUUGCACUGGGGUACUCUUUGUUCACUUAUGCAAAAAGUAACAUCUUGCAUGAAGAGGAAGGAAGGGAGUUGUUUGGGCUGGUGAUUAUUGCUGUAUGGAUGCGUCUUUGCCGCAAUUCAGCAAAAAAUCCCAUGGGUGGAAUGUGUCUGAUGGGUGCAGUUACUCUCUCUUUCUUCCCCUUUGUAUCCUGGCUGUACAUUUAUAUGAACUCAGAGAUGCGAUCAUCCUGGCCAACUCACUGCAAGACUGUGAUUUAACCAGGCAGGACCAAACACACACAAUAAAUAUUCUAUUUUCAAGCUA